AUGCCCGUUACCCGCGCGCAGAGCGGUGCUACGUCUAGAAAGGUAGCGGCGGCAGCUACUCCCGAACUCGUGCCCGUCGUGGCGAAAGCACCAACGAAGAGGAAGGCCCUCGCUGCGGCUGCCCCUAAGACGCCGUCAAAAAAGACUCGCACGUCAAAGGCUGAAUUCGCUGCGGCUCCAGCAAGCGCCCCGGUUGUGCUGUCCCCACCGCCCGCCAUUGGAGAUGCGCCGGUCUUCGUUCCCGCCGUGCUCACGUUCUCCUUCGAGGACGCCAAGCAGCACCUCAUCGCCGCCGACCGGCGUUUCGCGGACGUCUUCGCGCGCCUCAAGUGCAGGCCGUUCGAGCAUCUCGAGAGGGUGGAUCCGUUCUCGACGCUCGCUGACUCUAUCUUAGGCCAACAGAUCUCGUGGCGCGCCGCGCGGUCUAUCAGACAUCGCUUUAUCAGGUUGUUCGACCCUUCCCUCCCUGAGAAGCCUGUGGAGCACGAGCACAUUACUUGGUUCCCUUCUGCGCACCAGGUCAUCAGUAUGGACGUUGUGACGCUCAAGAGCGCGGGUUUAAGCACCAGGAAGGCCGAAUAUGUACUUGACCUGGCGGCGAGGUUCGCCGAUGGACGCUUGUCGACCGAGAAGUUGUUGGAAGCGGACGAUGAGGAGCUCGCACGAAUACUCAUCGAAGUGCGCGGCAUUGGCAGGGUGAGUGUCAUCUACUACGAGGAAGACGCCAGCUCUGACGCACUUCUUCCGGGUAUGCAGUGGACUGUUGACAUGUUCGCGUUGUUCUCUCUGCGCCGCCCCGACAUUCUGCCGAUAGGCGACCUUGGGGUGCAGCGCGGUGUCCUGCGCUGGUUCCUCUCCCUACAUUCACCCUCCUACUCGGUCACUCUCGCGGCGAAUAAGCUCCCCAAGAAUCCGGAAGAAGACGAACAGGAGACCGACGGCCCGGAGAAAGUGGACCCGAGUGCGAACGGCAACACAGAAACUCUUCCGUCGACGACGGGAGCCAGCCGUGCGCUGUCGCCAGAUGCGUCUUCCGUGCUUCCAGCCCCCGCUCUCCCGCAGACGCCCGUGAGGAACGGGAAAGGUAAGGCAAAGGCAAGUGAGGGAGACGACUCGGACGACAGCGCGACGGUGCUGCCCCCGCCGUUCACGCCGUCCAUCAAUAAAACGCUGCACAGCCUGAACGCGAAUGGUGAACCCCCGUCGCCGCCGCUGCCGGAGGGGCUUACUCCAGCCGUCAUGAAGAGUCGCCUGGAUGGGAAGAAGAAGAUUAAGGGCGCGCUGUUGACGCCGAAGGAGAUGGAGGAGCUGACGGAAUGCUGGAGGCCGUAUCGUAGCGUCGGCGUGUAUUAUAUGUGGGCGUUAGCGGAGUCGCCGAAGUGA